AUGGAUUUGAGAGUAGGGAGGAAAUUCAGAAUAGGUAGAAAGAUCGGCAGUGGGUCCUUUGGUGAUAUUUAUCACGGUACAAAUCUUAUCAGUGGUGAAGAGGUUGCUAUCAAGCUAGAGUCUAUUCGUUCGAGACAUCCGCAACUGGACUACGAGUCACGGGUGUACAAGUACCUCAGCGGUGGAGUCGGGAUUCCAUUCAUUAGAUGGUUUGGUCGUGAAGGUGAAUAUAAUGCAUUAGUAAUUGAUUUAUUGGGUCCAUCCUUGGAAGAUCUUUUCAACUACUGUCAUAGACAAUUCUCUUAUAAGACUGUGAUAAUGCUUGCGUUACAAAUGAUAUGCAGAAUACAAUAUAUGCACGGAAGGUCAUUUAUUCAUCGUGAUAUUAAACCAGAUAAUUUCUUAAUGGGAACUGGAAGACGUGGUAGUACUGUGCAUGCUAUUGAUUUUGGUUUAUCCAAAAAAUAUAGAGAUUUUAAUACUCAUCGUCAUAUCCCAUAUAGAGAGAAUAAAUCAUUGACAGGUACUGCUCGUUAUGCAAGUCUUAACACGCAUUUAGGUAUCGAACAAAGUAGAAGAGAUGAUUUGGAAUCUUUGGGUUAUAUGUUGAUCUAUUUUUGUAAGAGUUCUCUACCAUGGCAAGGUUUGAAAGCAACGACAAAGAAACAGAAAUACGAUAGAAUCUUAGAGAAGAAAUUAUGUAUCAGUAUCGAUACUUUAUGUCAAGGUUUGCCAAUAGAAUUUUCUCAAUAUAUGAGUUAUUGUAGAAACUUGGUUUUCGAUGAAAAACCUGAUUAUUUAUAUUUGGCUAGAUUAUUCAAGGAUCUAAGCAUUAGAUUAGAUUAUCACAACGAUCAUUUAUUUGAUUGGACUAUGUUACGUUACACUAAGGCAAUGUUUGAAAAACAAAAAGAUUUAUUAAAGGACUCUGGAUCUGGUGUAGAUAUCACUGGUACUGAUAAAGAUGGUUCUACAGUAAACUCUAAAACUGCUAAAGCUGAACAAUUUAAUAAGAUUAAAACCCUUGCAAUGAAAAAAUUUGCUGCUCAUUUUCAUUACUAUGUUAGUGAGGAUAUACAUAAUCCAACCGCGGAAGAUAUUAAGAAGCAAUCAAUAGAAAAUGGGUUAGCUAUGGUUAAUAUGCCUCCAGAUUUAUUAAAAGCCAUAGAUAAUGGGAUGGAACAUUUAAAAAAUAAGCAGCAGGCACCAGCUCAAGAGAUAGUAGAGGAACCACUUUUGCAAAAACAACAACAAAAUCCUCAGUCUCAACAAGAACAAUUAGCAUUUACAACACCUGUACCACAGGCGAACAAUCAUCAAUUUACAAAGGGCAAGUCAUAUUAUCCACCACAGCAGUAUCAACAACCUCUCCAGGUAAACCCUGUAACGGUUACUGCUACAGUUAUGGGGAAUCAUUCAGGUAAUGACAACAUCCGCACUAGUAGUAAUAAUAUUAAUAACAGCAACAAUAGUCAAGCACAACCUAAACCAUCAGGUUCUCAUAACAUAUGGUUAUGA